AUGGAGCUCAUGUUGUGCCGCGUCGCGAUGCUUCUGGCCCACGCCUCGCAUGUCUCGGCGGCGCGGACGUCGUCUGACCUCGAUCAGACGCUGACCACCAGCUGUGGUUUGAUGGACGGUCUGAACGUUUCAGCGCAGGUGAGCAGAUGGAGCCGCUGGAGCCUCACCACCGGGGGCUUGAGGAAGGAGUCGAAGUCCAUGUGCAAGCAUCACUUUGCCGUCCUUCCUGAAUACUAUACCUUGGCGGCCUACGAGGGCAGGUGGCUGGAGGAGAAGUGCAAGGAGGGGGUUGACAUUGGCCACAGCCUGUGUGCCCAGGAAACCAACACGGGGCCCAGCAUUGCGCCGCCGAAGAUCAUAGACCAUUGGGAAAAGGGGCUCAUGGACACGGGUGGUGGCGGGUGGUGGGCUGAGCAGGAGGCUGACUGGUGCAGCUCGAGCCCACCACCGCGGUGGACGGGAUUCGAGGAUUGCUUCCAAGCCUGCCAGUUCCAUUUCCGCGACUGCAAGCAGCUCGAGUGCAGCACCUGCGCGGGUUCUCCUGCGAACUGCGAUGGCAUUAUGGACAGAGACUUCACGGACCGCGACGGCAGUGUGGGUCCUGUCAGGCUCUACUUCUUCGACGCUUGCACGUUCGGGUGCCAGCACUACGUACACCUGAAGAGCGACCAGGGUGGUGGCCCCGCGUGCGAGGUGGGCAGCAAGCGGUGGCAGAAGCGCACCACGAGGAAGCAAUGGGGGAUAAACCCCCUUUGGACAGGGAGAUAG